GUCGAUUGAUUUUCCCUCUUUGCCCAACACUACGCCUAACAUCAACAUUACUUACCUUACUAUACCAUCUAAUGUGAGAAAGAGAUCGUUGUCUCUUAUUGUCUAUGGAUUCUCUGAAUCAUGUCAAGUUCUAUAUCAUGUCUCUUUAGCAAGGUUAGAUUGUUGGAAAAAUUGGUGGUUUUCUGUUGUUUAAAAUUAGUUACGAGUAACUGAUUCUUAAUGUUCUAUGCUCUGAGUUGCAUUUAUCAUUGUGCGUGGACUGGUGUCACUCCCCAGGCAUCCUGGCCGAAAUAGGACUCUAACCCGAGUCUCAUAGGUUAAUAGUCAUGUGGUAAAGUUAAUUUGCCACAUCUCAUGUCCUUAUUCCUUUAUUUUAUCUAGUUUUGUUAAUAGUUGUAACCGCAGUUGUUUCAGUUCUACUUACUGUUAACACCUCGUGUGUAAAGUUUGUACUUUACUGAUACAGUCAAGUGUUUCACAACUACUUUCUAAUGAUACCUGCCCGUAUUAGUUUUAUCAAAACUGUUGCACACAGUAAUAGAGUCUAAGUUACUAUACGUAGGUAGGGUGAUGCAUAAACGACACAGUAUUCUUGUGCAGUUACGAAUAAGUGCGUUAUUAUGUAAAUAUGGUCUAGGUUGAAAAAUAUAGAUAUGACGAAUAAUCAGGUGGCGAAUUUUACUUUUAUUUGGGUUAUUAUUUUUAUAGAUCUCACAAUGAUAAUUUUGCUACUUGUAGAUGAUCGACUCUACACAAUGUAUUCAUCCAUUUGUUCACUGGGGUCAAUCAGAAGAAUAUGUAUUUCUUUCAAUUAAAGUAGCUAAUGCAAAUGUUGAUUCCAUUGUUAUUAAAGAAGAAGAAUUCAGCUUUUCAGCAUCAAGUCUUGUGGCUGAUGGUGUUAAGAAGUAUGAAUUUAACAUGGUCUAUUAUCUUCCAAUAAUUCCUGAAGACAGUCGGUAUGUUGUAACCAGUAUGUCAGUGAAUAUCAAACUGAAAAAGGAGCUGAAAGAUUCAUGGCCAAGGUUGACAUACAGUAGUCAACGUUUACCUUGGGUUCGUCCAGACUUUGAUCGUUAUCAAUUCCAAGAAUCUGAUUUGGAAGAUGAUGAAGAUGGUAUCAAACUGAAUGUAGUACAUCCAUCAAAAGAGGAAAGAGAUAAACACAAUUUAGAGCAGAUGAUGCUGCAAGAUGAAGAGGAGUGGGAAGCAUUUUUAAAUUUGAUCAAGAAUCCAUUGACAAUAUAUUUAUUCAUGUUUAACAUUAUUCAAUUUGCUGAAGUGGAGAAAAUAGCAUUCUAUGACUGGGUUAUUGAUCGACUGUUUUUAGUACAAAUUUUAGCUACAUUAGAACCUGUGCAUGCUUUAUUAGGUUGGAUUCAAGGUGGAAAUAUUGUAGCUUCAUUUUUUCAAGUGUUUGGUCGUUCUCUAGUCUUAUUUUUCAUCGUUCUACCGCAUUCUCAAUUUCAUUCAGAAUCUACAACUUAUUGGUUAUUCUUAGCAUGGAGUCUUUCUGAAGUUAUUAGGUAUCCAUAUUAUAUACUUUCAUUAUUAAGUUUUCAAAAUGGACUCAUCACUUAUUUACGUCAUACACUAUGGAUAAUUUUAUAUCCAAUUGGAUUUAUAUGUGAAGGUAAAUUAAUAAUUCGGUCAAUUCCACUGUUAAAAGAAUCGCAAAGAUUCUCUUUGGCACUACCAAAUAUAGCAAAUAUCAGCUUUGACUUCCCAAUAUUUCUGCAAGUUUAUUUAUUAGCUAUGUCAUUCGGAUUCUACUAUCUAAUGAGACAUCUGUAUGUUAAACGACGGAAAACUAUUGGUCCACGACCUAUUAAAGGUGCUGAUCAGAUGGGAUUUUUCUCUUUUCUACCCUAUCUACAUUUAUUAGUUCGUGGUUCCGAGAAAAAAAGUAUUAGAGGGGAAAAGAAGUUUGUCAAAGGUCGUAAACUACCUAAACUAGCUUGAUUCUUAUAUAAUUCAUGUCAUAAUAUCCGUGAUAUAUAUAUACAUAGGUCAAAUAUCCCUCAACUCAAAUGUGACGUUAUUCCGCUAAAUAUAUAUAAACAUAUGCAUAUCUAUGUAUGAGGGUUGUAUUUGAUAAAAAUCGCCAACAUGUUGUUAUUAGUUAAAUGUGUU